UUCAAUUUUAAACUUCUAGGCCAUAUAUAUAUAUAUAUAUAUAUAUAUUUUCAUUUUAAAACAAAAAUAUUAAUUUAUAAAUUAAAAAUAAAUUUAGAGAAAAUAAAUUAUAAUGCCAAGUACUCGUUAUACUCAUGCAGUAGUUUGUAGAGUACCACAUUCUCUUAAAGAGCAUCAACCUACAUUAGAUUAUGAUAGGGCUAAACGUCAGCAUGAAAAUUAUGUCCGAACAUUAAGGGACAUUGGGCUUGAUGUGAUAGAAAUGCCACCAGAUGAAACUACACCUUGGUGUGCUUUUGUAGAUGAUACAGCCUUUGUAUGUAAUGGAACUGCAAUAUUAACUAAACCAGUUGAACCCGAAAGAGCAAAAGAAGUAGAAACUAUACGAUCUGUACUAAAGAAAGAAAUUGGAUUGCCUAUUGUAGAGGUUGCUGACAAAUCUGCAAAAUUACAUGGAAGUGAUAUUUUAUUUACAGGUAGAGAAUUUUUCAUUGGAAUAACAAAAUGGACAAAUGAAUCAGGAGCAUGUGCAGUAGCAUCUGCAUUUCCUGAAUAUCCCUGUGCUCCAAUUAAAAUCAUGGAAAAUAAACACUUGAAAACAAUUGUUUCAAUGGCAGGACCAGAUCUAAUGUGUGUAGGAUCAAGCAGUGCAACAAAAGAUGUUCUUAAACGAUUAGAACGUGAAGCUACAUAUAGCUAUCAAAUUAUAACAUUGCCAGAAGAUGAAGCAGCUAAUGUCCUGUAUAUAAAUGGUACACUACUUCAUCGAUCUGCUAAAGAAAUACCACAAUCUUUCAGUGUUCUAGCUGAAAAAAUUUCUGAUUUUUCUCUGCAAUCAGUGGAUAUAUCUGAGCUUUUAAAAUGUGAAGCAGUAAAUUUAAAUUCAUGUUGUCUAUUAGUAAGACGCACUAAGCACAUAAGAAGCUUAUAAAAUACUUGGUUAGAAAACUAUCUAGCCCAAGUCAGUAUUAAACUAUAUAACAACAUUAAUAAAUCAUUGUUCAAAUUGGUAACAUAUGCCAUAAGCUUAAUUUAUUUUGAAUAGUUAUUAAAUUACUGUUUAAUAUUUUACUCAGCAAAAACUACUUGAUAAAAAUAUGCUAGGUUUAUCCUACUAAACCAAAAUUAUUUUAGUAGCAUUAAUAUGUAUGACACUUAGAAUUUUAUCUAAUUAAUGUACACAUAAAUGAGUAAUUAUAUAAUACAAAAUCACUCUAACAAUGUUUUUUAAUAAGUAUUAUAUAAAAUUAAUUUCUUUUUCACUAAAUAUGUACACUUAUUGAUCAUAAAUAUGAUAAUUAAUUUUAAUUUUGGAGAAAUAUUAAUAUUGAAGAAAUCUUUGAGUAAGAUUCCAUUAAUUUAUCUAUUAAAAAAGUUUCUAAACUGAAAACUGACCCUUUAAGUUUUUAAUUAUUAUCACUUUGUUCCUUUAUG